UGAGUCCUCAUUGGCUGGAGAGCAGAGGGGGCGGGUUAGGCAGUCGGGUAGCCUAGACAUGGCUGACGGGCGCAGCUGGCAGCCGCCGCGCCCCUGCGAGGCCUACCAUGCGGAGUGGAAGCUCUGCCGCAGCGCCAGGCACUUCCUGCACCACUACUACGUCCACGGCGAGCGGCCGCGCUGCGAACAGUGGCGGCGCGACCUGGCCAGCUGCCGCGACUGGGAGGAGCGCCGCAGCGCCGAGGCCCAGCGAUCCCUCUGUGAGAGCGAGCGGGCACGAGUCCUGGCUGCACAGAAGCACACCCUGGUAUGGGCCCUGAGGGAGCACCCCCCUGAAGACUGGCACCUCCCUCUGCCACAGGAGAAGGAUGAAUGAAUGAGAAACAGCCCUGCCCUGUGCAGCUUCCUCAGGUCUUUUUCAGGGGGAGCUGUUGUAGUCCUGAGAAUGAUUAAUGAGCCCAAAUGGCCUCCUGGGUCCCUGUAAGCUCUCCCCUGGCUUGCAACAUGCAGCAAGACAUCGCCAGCCCUGCUUGCCCGCCCUCAUUGCGUGCAGGGUGUCCUGACACUGGUUGCUCUGGAAGAUAACUGUGGCCACUCCAGAGCUUCCAGGGAGCCACAUGUUUUGGCAGGCACAUCAGAGCAGCAGUCAGGCUGGGCAUGGCAGCACCAGGAGGUGGCAGUCCUGAGGUCCAGGAUCCUCUGACUCUGGAAGGGGAGCCCUGACCUGUGUGGACAUGUAGGUGUGUCGGAAUGAGAUAGCUAGACAGAUGUGCGCUAUGGAUGCCUUUCCUUAUUCUGAGGUUACUGACCCCUGUGUGCUGUGGCCCCCAGCUUCCAAGGUGUGGAGCUCACACUCUGCUCCGUCCCUCUCACCCAUCCCACUGCGGAUGCAGGCAAGCAGCCAUGCAAGCAGCCAGAGCUCCUGCACUAAUGCUUUUCACCUGCAAGGCUCCCACGUGGGAAACGCACUCUCAUGCACAGAGAGAAAAGGAAAAAACAUGCAGAACUUCACAGAAUAAAGAUUUGUGGAAUCUUAAGACAUCCAAGCCAAGACAUGUGGAAUUUAGGACUCUUCCCUCAGAAUUUGCCCUGAUUGUUAGUAUGUCAAAGCCAUUUCACACGUUUGAUUCCAAAUAGAAGCUGAAAAUAAAAUAACAUGUUUGUUAGAUUUCACAUCCAACAGUGUUGUGCUUGGGCAGUACCGGAAUUUUGUAAGCUUAUUCUCUUGUAGAUGUUUUAAAAAUGUUACGUGUAUAUGAACCAUCAAAAAGACUUGUUCUUACAGAGAUCUCCUUGUUACUGAUAAAUGGUUUGAGUCCUGUUGCUGCAGUCCUACUGUGAGAUGCUGCAGGCUAGCCUUGCUGAGGCCAGCAACGCUUCUUGCUCAGGCAGUACAUCAAACAUCUUUUAUUAAUAAUUCAUUCUUUGGGCUUGGCGCCUGUAGCUCAGUGGGUGGGCACCAGCUAGAUACACCAGAGCUGGCGGGUUCAAAUCCAGCCUGGGCCUGCCAAACAACUACAACCAAAAAUAGCUGGGCAUUGUGGUGGGCACCUGUAGUCCCAGCUACUUGGGAGGCUGAGGCAAGAGAAUCGCUUAAGCCCAAGAGUUUGAAGUUGCUGUGAGUUGUGAUGCCAUAGCACUCUACCCAGGGCAACAUAGUGAGACUGUCUUUAAAAAAAAAUUCAUUCUUUGGGGCAAGAUAAUCACUUCAGAAGGGCACACAUUAAAGAAUAUUUCCCCUCUUAUAUGUCUCUUCUCUGUUUUCCCAAAGAGCCCCUGCUUGUGUCUGCAUGUGUACCUGUGAACAGGGUGGGGUGCUCACAGGAUCCAGCUCAGAGGAGAGUCUAAAGAGGAGCCAGGGUUCCCCCAUCCCUGGGGGAAGCUUUACAUAGCUAAGCCGACUAAUGUGUCUUCAGCCUGGCUGUGGCUGGUUUAAUGAGCAUUCUGGCCAGUUGGGAAAGAGGGAGGCUGCUAGAGAUCUCCUAUAGUGUUCUCACAGGAAAGGGGCACCUGAAUUUGCAGUCUGCAUGCAAUGCAUGGGGUUGCAGUAGCUGUUCCUGGGUUCCUAGGGUGGAGCUGGGGAGGGCAGGGACAGCUGGGUAACCAGUUGCCAUCUCAGUCCUUGGUACCUUUCCCUGGGUGCAGCUGUGCUCCCUGUCAUCUGCUCACUGUGUGCUCUAUUAGGCUUUCUGCUUUUGCUAUCUGAACACUCAGGUCCCGCAGUGCCUCUGUUGUACUUUGCCUGCUGCCUUUGCUACUGAACAAGCUCCAUGCCGAUAGAUGAUGGAAAGGAUGUUCCCGAUUCCUUCCUGUGCUCGUUCCUUCAUAUCAGAGUGCCCUCCACAUGCUGGACAGGGUUUGGGGUCUUGGAUCACGUUUUAAAACAGACAAGUUGCCUUCAAAGAAUUUUUGUUGUAUUAAAAUUUGGGAGAAAGACACAGAAAUUAAACAUCAAAUAUGAAUCUAAAACAGUAAGUGUUAUGAAGAAAAUGAAUACAGUCAUAAGAGCAAUGUUUUUCAAACGUUUUGGACAAAUACCCAUAGUAACAAAUGCUUUACAUUAUAAUUUGGUACAUACUAUUAUGUGGCAUAUUAUCACUGAAAGAAGCUUCACCAAACAACACUUCUGUGUGCUGUGUGUGAUACACUGCCAUUCCCAAUAAACUGUUAUGCAGCAACUGGGAAGAAACUCAAGGAAACCCUGCUGAGUUUAUAAAGCCAGUCUUUAAAGGAUACAUGUAGCAUGAUUACCUUAAUGCAGUGUCAGUGAAUGGAAAACAGAUUAAUGGUGGCCAGGAGCCAGGGAUGGGGAGGUGGUCACACAAGGGAAUCUUGUGGUGGUGAAAACAAACUACAGAACCUAACUAGUAGGUUCACAGGGAUACACAGAUGAUUUACACACUUAUAGAGCCAGACGCGUAAACAAGUGCAGAUAGUACCGGGGAAACGGAAUACACCUUGUACAGUGUACUGUGGGGUGUAUGGUGCUGGCACCGGCGCAGGUCCUGGGCCAUGCAGGACCUCUCUGGACAAGCUGCUAUGCAACCUCCUAUGAAUCUGUAAUUACUUGAAAAUAAAGUUAAAAAAAACUAACCAAUGCUGGCCCCGACCCACUGAAUUGAUGAUGCAACCUCUUGGAUGACAUGCCUCCUGCUUUAAGACGCACUGCUAUCAUGCAUCUGUGCUAGGCACCCGCCUUUGGCAGGGAAGUGGGCAAGGCCUCAAUAUCUGAGCCCAGAUCUGGAUGAGAAGGCUUGAGUCCUGCUAGGCAGAGAAAGGGGCACACACAGGCCGAGGGAAUCAACCCCGCAAGUUGACAGGACCAGGGGUGCUGGAAGCUGUGAUCAGGGCUCUGGGUCUAAUUGUCGGAGUGAUUAUCUGACUUGCAUUCUAUAAGAGACUUUUGGCUGCUGCACCGUGAAGGGGCUGGAGUUGCCAUGCCCAGUGUGAACACAUCAGUUGGCUACUGAAGCAGAAAAGGGAAAAGGUGAGGAUGGCUUGGACCUCAGGCAGCACUGUGGUUGUAGGAAGUACUUGGAUUCAGCAUUGUCUUAAGUAGAGCCAAGGGAUUAGAAUCCGUAGGCAAUAGUUUUAUCAUGAUCUGAGCUGGGUGUGGUGGCUUGUGCCUGUAGUCAAACCCAGAAACUGGGAAGGCUGAGGCAGGAGGAUCACUUGAGCCCAGGAGCUCGAGGCUGCAGUGAACUGAUUAUGCUGUUGCACCCUAGCCUGGGUGACAGUGAGACCCUAGCACUAAAAACAAACGAAAGUGAACCCCAGAGAAUAGAAUAGAGAGUCCAGAAAUAACCCCCUGCAUAUAUGGUCACAUUUUGACAUAGAGGCAAAAAACAAUUAAUGAGGAAAGAUAGUGUUUCAGUAAAUGGUUGACACUUCCAAACCUGGAUAUCUGCAUGCAAAACAAUGAAGCUGAACCCUUAUCAGAUGUCAUAUACAAAAAUUAACUCAAAAUGGAUCAAACAUUUAAAUAUAAGACAUAAAAUUCUUAGACUAAAACACAGGGGAAAAGCUUUACAACAUUGGAUUUAGCAGUGAUUUCUUAAAUACAGCACCAAAGUCACUGAUGUUAAAAGAAAAAACAACUUAGACUUUAAGAAAAUUUAAAAUGUAGACAGUUUCACAUCAAAAGACACUAUCAACAGAAUAAGAAAGCAACCUCAUGGGAUAGGAGGAAAUAAUUGCAAACUAUGUACCUUAUGAGGGAUCAUAGAAUAUACAGAGAAGUAAAACUGAGGGGGGAAAAAACCACACAGUUCAAAAGAGGGCAAAGGACUUAAAUAAAUGCUUCUCCAAAAAACAUACACAUAUGGCCAACAAGCACAUGAAAAGAUGCUUGUCAUUAGUGAUCAUCAGCAAAAUGAAACUCAAAACUACCAUAGACCUCACUCACCUCAUACCCAUUAGGAUGGCUACUAUCAAAAAACCCUAGGAAGCAGCAAGUGUGGGUGAAGAUAUGAAUUAAAACUCUUGUGCACUUCUGCUAGGAAUACAAUGGUACAGCUGUCGUGGAAAAUAUGGCAGUUCCUACAAAAAUUAAAAAUAGAAUCACUGUAUGAUCCAGCAACACCACUUUCAGGUAAAUACCUAAAACAAAGCAGAGUCUCAAAAAGAUACCUUUACACCCACAUUCAUAGCAGCAUUUAUUCACAGUAGCUAAAAUGUGGAAGCAACCUAAGUAUCUAUUGGUAGAUGAAUGGAUAAGCAAAGUAUGGUACAUCCAUACAAUGGGAUAUCACUUCAGCCUUAAAAAGGAAGGAAAUUCUGACACAAGCUACAAUACUGAUGAACCUUGAGGAUGUUAUGCUCACAGGAAUAAACCAGUCACAAAAAGACAAACAUUGCAUGAUUCCACUCAAUUGUGAUGUUUAAGGGGAGUCAGAAUCAUAGAAACGGGAAGUACUGACCGGGGUGCCAGUGACUCAGGGAAAGGAAGUAGGGAGUUAUUUAAUGGGUACAAGGUUUCAGUUUUGCAGUGAAGAGUUUUGGAGAUAGAGAUGUAAGAACGGUGGUAAUUAUACAACAAUAUGUAUAUACUGAACAGUGAGAAAUGGUUAAGAUGUAAAAUUUUAGGCUUAUUUUGCCACGGUUUUUAAAAUUGGGAAAAACGAAUCACACAUUAAGAAAACUAUCUUCUUCAAGUGAAUAGUCUUCUUGGUUUACCUGCACUAAAGUAGCUAAAAAACCAAAGUCUUUCCGAGGUUUUGAUACUAGGAAAAAUGGCAACUAAUUGUACAAAGGACCUUAAUGGUUAUGUGCUGAAUUGUGUCCCCUCAAAAUUUCUAUGUGGAAGUCCUAGUCCCCAGUAACUCAAAAUGCGACUGUUGUUGGAGGGAGGGCCCUCAAAAAGAUAACUAACUUAAAAUGAGGUCUUUAGUGUAGUCUCCAAUAUACCUCAUGCCCUAAUACAAAAUUAGGACAGAGACUUAGAGAUGACCAUGUGAAGACAAAGGGAAGAUCUUAGAAGAAACCAAACCUGCCACAACCUCCAUCAUGGGAGUUUUAGCUUCUAUAAGGGUGAGGAAGUAAAUUUUGUUUUUUUAAGGCUGAGCCGACUAAUGCAUUGACCUUCCCAGAGUAGGCCCUUGAGUAAGGGCUCUGUGCCCCAGCCAGGUGGCAUACUCUGCUGGGGACACAGCGGCUCUGUCACUAGUGUGUCUCUUGCUUUCCCCUCUCUCGUCAGCUUCCCCAGCAGGUUAAAAUCCAGAUGUAGCUCCUCUGUCCCACGGGGAAGGCAUGGUUCUCUCUGCACACGUCCCAGCUUACAGAACCCUGCACAUCCUCACUUCCGCUCCUCUGGGUUACUCUGUCUCUCCUGCUGGUGGU